AUGGGGGGGUUAGAAGGGGGAGGUGAUAGAAAGAAAGCGGAGGGGACUUAUGUUGGACGAGAACAUCCCGUAUUAGGGGAUAACCGACCUAACUCCUCCUGGAAGGUGGGGCCACCUACGUUCCCACAGACUCCCGCCAAGGCUGGUGGAGCCCUCAGGAAGCGCGCGACUGCUGCUGCGGAGGAUAUUAGUGCCGAAUGUCCUCCUUCCAGCAUAGUGGAGAUGGUACCACCUUUAGGGACCCCCACAUUGGUAAGAGGCGAGUCUCCGCCACGUGCUCUCUCGCCAUGUGCUCCUUCGCCACGUGCUCCCUCGCCUCGUGCCCCUUCGCCGUGCGCUCCAGCGCCUGCUCCCGCUCCCGAUCCUCCACCGGCGCAAGGGAGCGAUAUGGAUCGCUUGAUCAUUGCGGUGGAGCGAUUAAUUGACCGGAAAAUUUCGGCGCUACGGGAGGAAAUACUUCCGGCCCCGGUGAUAAGGCCUCCGUUGAGAGCCGACCAGCUGGUAGACCAGCAGCGCCCUGCGGGCACUCCGCCAAUUAGGGCGGGAAUGAAGAAGAAGAAGAAGGCGGCUAUUAGUGCCGCAAAGGACGCUGGGACGGUUGUUAGGUCUGGCCAAGAACCGCCUGCAACCGGUAGGAGAAUCACUCCUGCCCCUCCACCACUUCCUCCGCCACCAGCACCUGCCACAACCACCGAGGCAUGGUCGCAGGUGGUUGGAAGGAAAGCGAGAAGGACAACCCGACAGGCCGCUGUCUCUGCUGCGGCAGUGCAGUCAAAGCCUCCUGCAGGUCGGCCAAUAUCGGCUGUACAAAAACGGCCCACA